UCCGGGGCAGCCAGGCUGCUCUGGGUGACCCUCACUGACGCGUGGAGGAGCAGGGGCGCUUUGCAGAGAAUUGUUGGUUGGUUGAGGAGCCUUGCUGGCGGAGGGCAUCCUUAGUUCUGAACUGAGGCUGUCGGCAAACCGCAUGGAAGGCUGCUGGACUGUGAGCGUCAGCUCGGAGCUGGCCUAUGCGUUCCCAACGCUGCUGGAACUCUCUGCUGAAGAGAUUGUGGCAGUCUGGGACGCUGUGUCUGAUUACAUCCUGGAACAGAUGAAGCUGGACAAGGGAGUCCUGAUUCCGGGACUCGGGGUCUUUGCUGGGGUCCGAGAGCAAUUCCACAGCAAAGAAGAGGCGCUUUUGGUUCUAAGGCCUGUUUUCCAGCUGGACAUCGGGGUGCUGUGGCUGCAGGAACUCCAGUCUCCCAACGACAUCAUCCCUGACGACGUCAAGAUUGAGCCGCUCAACUACCGGCAGCUCUCGCGAGCCUCCGGCGUCCCGCUGCACUUGGUGCCGCGCUGCGUGCGGGAGAGCGUGCUCCUGUACUGUCACCUCCUGAGGAGCAGGGAGCCCGUCUCGUUUGUGUUCAAGAACCUCGGCGUUAUGACCUGCCAAGACGGCUUCCUCCUCAUGAGGUUCUUCUGCAGCUGCAUUGAAACGCUGGAGAGCAAUGCCCCCGUCCUCGCACUGAUCCACACCAGAUUCUGGACGGACGAUUCUGCUGACUUCGGGCCAGAGACCGCUGCCCAUGGCAUCCGCGUGUUCCCGAGGUUUCAGCUCACCGUGGAAAAGAGCAGAGCAGAGGCCGCCGCAGAAAAAAAAGCUGCCAUACAGCGGAAGAUGAGCAAAGGGGUCUCUGCCGGCAGGCUGCUGCAGAGGCGGAAGACACUUCCCCCCUCCAUGCUGCUGCAGCGCAAGCCAAGUUCAAGGCAGCAAGAUGUGGCGAAGGAGCCUUCUGGCAGUGCGCUCCCUCCAUGUGCAGGCAGCUCCCGUGGGACAAAGAAAGUGGGACAGAAGGAAACAUCUGCUGCCCAGACCAGCGCUGCACUCCCUGCCACCGAGGAGUCUAAGAGAGUGCUGCAGGAGCUCCGCAAAGAGUCUGCCCUGUGGAAAGAAGCAGACCACACGUGGCCCAUGCACCAACAGCAAAUAGAGCGAGCACAGGCAGAAAUGGCGGCAUGGGAAGGCUGGAGCGCAGGGGAGGACCAGCAUCCGCCCCAGCUGCUGGCCAGGGAGAGAGUGCGUGUUCCGCAUCCUCCAGCCCAGCCAAGGAGACAGCAAGUGGGAAGGAGAUGGAGGAAGGACGAGGGUCUGCUGCCGGGAAGUAUAAUGGGGACGGCGACCAAGCUGACACUGCAUGCUGACCUCCUUUCCCCGCGAGCGGCUCAGGUGCUCCGAAGGUUGGAGCCGCACCUCCGUCAGCAAGAGGCUUUUGCCGGCACAGCGGAAAGAAACCGGCAGAAGCUGGAGCAGAAGCGGCACCUCCUCCGGGCUGAAUGCUCGCACGGCUCCAGAGGGGAAGGUGCAGCCAUCGGUGGUGACCGCGGUGGAGCUCUCGGCACGGGGGCUGGGAAGCCGUCCAGAUUUCCACCUGUGAAUGGAAGAUCGUAGAAAACCAAAGACUCGUAGAACGGCCUGGGUUGAAAAGGGUCUCGAAGAUCACCGCCACCGGGCUGCCCAGAGCCACAUCCAGCCUGCCCUCGGAUGCCCGCAGGGAUGGGGCGUCCCCCAGCUCUCGGCAAGCUGUUCCAGCACGUCACCACCCUCCAUGUGAAGAACGCCUGCUGACAUCUAACCAAAUUCUGCCCCCCUUUCACAGUUUAAAACCAUUCCCCCUUGUCCUGUCACCAUCCGGCCUCGUCAACGGCCGGUCCCCCUCUACUCUACAGCCUCCCUUCAAGAACUGGAAGGCCGCAGUGAGGUCUCCCCGGAGCCUUCUCCUCACCAAGCUAAACAAGCCUGGUUCCCUCCACCUUUCUCAACAGGAGAGGUGCUCCAGGCCUCUGAUCACCUUAGGGGCCCUCCUCUGCACUUCAUCCAAGAGCUCUGCGUCUUUCUUGUACCGGGGACCUCAGUUUUGGAUGCAGUAUUCCCAAUAAAAAUGA